CCAUAUAAGCUCUCCUUCACCCUUAUCUCUUUCCUCGAUUGCUCUCUGUCCAAAAAUUUUUUUUGUAUCGUCCUGCUGCUGACAGAGCUUGCUGGAUCUUUGAUUUGUUUUUAAUGCUUAUUCUAAGUACUGGGUUUGUUGGUGAGUGCCUCUAAACAUGUGGGGUUUUAUUCCUUGCCUUCCUAACUAGGGCACAUGUUGAUAUUUUUUUAAUAUUCUGAGAGCGUGAUUUUGGGGAUAGGUCUUAUUGGCCCUAUAGGGAAAGCUUCCCGGGGUACGAACUUGUACAUUUCUCUUGUCAAACCCAAAAAUGAUGGCUUCCUUCCAUUAUCAUGGAGCUCCAAUUCAUUUUUCACGGUCUUGAAUUGUGAGUCUAGUUCAUGUGUGUAAUGCAGAGACGGGUAUGCUUUGUUUGUUAUAAGUGUGUGUAGUGUGCUGCUUGCCAGUUCACAUAUUUUCGAGUGAGUCAAAUGGGAUCUGGCAAUGAGGUUCACUCGAUUGGUGAAUUCAAUUUAGAUGCUCAGUGGUUGAUAGAUCCCAAGCAAUUAUUUGUUGGACCAAAAAUUGGAGAAGGCGCGCAUGCCAAAGUGUACGAAGGAAAAUAUAAAAACCAGAAUGUUGCAGUUAAGAUUAUUAAUAAGGGAGAAACCCCAGAAGAGAUCUCAAGGAGAGAGGCUCGGUUUGCCAGAGAGGUUGCGAUGUUAUCGAAAGUUCAACACAAAAAUCUUGUCAAGUUUAUCGGUGCCUGCAAAGAACCUGUUAUGGUUAUAGUGACUGAGCUUCUAUUAGGUGGAACACUACGCAAAUUUCUCUUGAAUAUGCGGCCAAAGUGCUUGGAUAUGCACGUGGCAGUUGGAUUUGCUCUUGAUAUUGCUCGAGCAAUGGAAUGUUUACAUUCCCAUGGGAUCAUUCACCGUGAUCUUAAACCUGAGAACUUGAUCUUGACAGCAGAUCAUAAAACAGUAAAACUUGCUGAUUUUGGUUUAGCCAGAGAAGAGUCAUUAACAGAGAUGAUGACUGCUGAAACUGGGACAUAUCGCUGGAUGGCUCCCGAACUUUACAGCACCGUCACUCUGAGACAAGGCGAGAAGAAGCAUUAUAAUCAUAAGGUGGAUGCUUAUAGUUUUGCAAUUGUCUUAUGGGAGCUCAUCCAUAACAAGUUGCCAUUUGAAGGCAUGUCUAAUCUACAGGCAGCAUAUGCAGCUGCUUUUAAGAAUGUAAGGCCAAGUGCUGAUGACCUUCCUGAGGAUUUAGCUCUGAUUGUGACUUCAUGUUGGAAAGAGGAUCCAAAUGAUCGACCGAAUUUUAGUCAAAUAAUACAGAUGCUUCUCCGGUAUCUCUCCACUAUUUCGCCGCCAGAGCCUGUUGUUCUUCCGCGAAUCGCUUCAUCUGAGAAUGCUGUACUGCCACCAGAAUCUCCUGGUACAAGUGCUUUAAUGUCCAGAAGAGAUGACUCUGGAGAAACGCCAAAAGAAGGUGACAUGGAAGACAGGCCUAAAGGUUUUUUCUUCUGCUUUAACCAGUGCUACUGAUGGAUCAAAAGACAUGAUUUCGCCAUUGGGGACAUCAUAAAUCACAGUUAGGCAACCUGAAUAAAUCAGAUUCACCAAAUAUUACCACUAGGUUCUUAAUAAAAGAAAAUGUUAACUAUCACCAGAUACUUAAGUUUCGUGGCAAUUAGCAACUGGGAAGGUACCAUGCAUCCAUGUCCAAUCAAAGCAUUGCAUGUUCUGUAUCUUUUAACAUUAAGUUCUCUUACUUCUGACUGAUAUCAAAGGACACUCUAAAAAGUUUUGGGGUUGAGGUUGCUGAGAUGUAAUACUAUUGUAAAAUAAGGUUCAUCCAAAGGCCUUCACCUGCUGUUUAUAUAUGUAAUUUCGGCAUGGUUAAUUUAAGUUAAAAAAGAUAGGACAAAGCUUUUUUUGGCA